AUGCGAAACACCAUGCAAUUUCAAAACGGCAAAAAACUGAGUAAGUCAACAGCGCCCGCAGCUACGUUCGUUGAUACAUCCUCCAACCCACGCUGCAACAGCCAAUAUAGCACAAUGUUGAACAAUAGACUUUUCAUUUACGACCGUAAAUCAAAUAAACGAUUUUUGAUCGAUACAGGUGCCGACAUAUCGAUUGUUAGCACACCCAGCGCAAGUCAUACAUCUCCAAAUAAGUCAACACCUAAAUUGUUCGCAGCGAACAACACCCAAAUCAAAACGUUUGGAACUUGGAACCUUUUGAAUGGGAUUUCGUCGCAGCUGACACCAGACAUGCGCAACUCCAAAAUCAUAGACGCCCAAACGCAGUUAAAAAGUCGAGCCGUAGAAGCAGAUAACGUGCAACAAUACGCAAUCACAACCUACGAUAUUAAUAGCAAAUACUCCGCAUUAAUACGCGAAUUAAAAGACAUCACUCAAAUUAAUAAAACAUUUGAAGACAGCAUAAGCAACAACGUUCAGCACUUCAUCGAAACGGAAGGUCCACCUACAUUUUCAAAACCAAGGAGGUUAACACCAGAGAAGUACCGAACCAUCAGAGAUGAGUUUCAAUACCUGAUGAAAUUGGGCGUCUGCAGGCCAUCAUAG